AUUUAUAGUUAUAACAUCGCUCUUUAAUUGUGUUAAAAGAUAAAAUCAUUGGUUUACUCACAAACAGAACGAAAAGAUGUGGAAAUCAAUGUUCGUGAUUUUAAUACUUUCAUUCAAUUCUACAAAGGGCAUUGCUGGUCGUGUAAACUUCGAAUUGGAGGUUUUACAGUACGACAACCCGCGUGGCAUCUCCUUUAGGGGAAAUGAUACAAAUGGUGCCCGGAAAUGCUGCGAUAUGAGAUCGACUGCACCUCAGUUAACCUGCACGACGCAUUGUCUGACCGCCUUUGUGUUUUGCUGGACAGGAACCGACGACGGAAGUUGCAUUGGUCCUCAAAUAUCCACGGUCCCUCUGUUGACAAACACCUUUGCAGCUUCAUAUAACAGAACAUUGGCCGUUCAAGGACAAUGGGCGAUCAGGACAGAGGACAAUAUGACAAUUAUCAUAGAAGUUCGAAAUAUAAACCUCAAGAACACGUAUGACGUAAUAUCCCACUUUACUACAAAAUUCAAUGCAGACAUCGCACAAACAUACACAUUGUCCAAACAAAAUAUAUUCGAUACAAUGAUAGACGAAAAGACCCUGGUCAGUUUGACCAUAGGGGUAAGAGUUUGGUGUAUGGAGGGCUAUUACGGACCAAACUGUAACUUCCAAUGUAAUGGAUAUAAAACAUGUCCACAUCAUGACAAGGUCGUUAAUAAAUUCAGCAAUAAUGAAAUUGCUCUUUCAAUGAUAAACAACGGCACACAAAACCACAAUAUUAGAGCGUACACGAUUAUAUUGUAUGACUUCUUUGCCAAAACGGUUUGUCAGAACUCAACAGACAUGAGAUUGGAUAUACAAGACUUCUCAUUCCAACCAUCCCUUGAUUAUGGGACGUACCAUAUAGCGGUUCGACUUGGUGCCAACUGUAGUCACAGGCAAGUCAGUCCCCUGAAGGUUGUAUCCUGGUUGCUACAACACCGCUAUCAUGCGCCUGACAAGGACGUGUCCGUCUCCAGCCCUGUAUUGAAUUUGUCUCCUUUGGGAGUCUUGCAAAAAACGACGACUGUUCUAUUCAGUGUAGUCACAAUGGAAGAUAUACGCUGUGGCAACUGCAGCGUGGACAUCAGAAUAAAUUUCUGCUCUGGCAUUGGACACUGUUCUAGCCUGGAGACCCCCAUUCAAUUGUCUUUAGAGAACAGUCAACUACUGCCACGCAGAAAUUCGAUACAAGAGAUAUCACGGUCCAUUUUUGCCAUUAGCGUAAUCGAAAUACCCAUCUUUUUGGACGUGACGGUUGAUUAUGUACAUCAACCGGUAUUCAAUUGGCAACUAAACCGAAUCGCGGUGAACCUAAGCAUGAAAGGUGGAGAUGACAACAUUAAUAGUCUGGUACUUUUACCUGACAAGACACCAGGUGUCAGGCUAGGCGUAGAUGUUCUUGGUUGGUGUGGACAUGGAAAGUACGGUACACACUGUGAAUAUAGUUGUGUUGCGUCGAAUUCGAAUGAAAAUUAUACAACUUGUAGUAGCAGCGGAAAAACAGUUUGUAUGUCAGGAUUUUCAGCCGCGAAACAUGGAUGUGCGGAUACUGAUGAAUGCUCGAACAAUUCACUUUGCCAAAAUGGUGCAACGUGUACAAAUACAAUCGGAUCCUUCUAUUGCGCUUGUCAAGAUGGCUGGAUCGGUUCCACGUGUUCUUAUGACAUCAACGAAUGUGAAACCGCGCCACUUGUGAAUGUCAUAUCAUGUUCUAAUAUACCGGGCUCCUACAAAUAUACAUGUAAGCCGGGUUUUACUGGAAACGACUGCAUUGACAUUAAUGAAUGCAACGAUGAUUCUGAUAAUCAAAAUAUGUGCGAUGGAGACACGUGUUUCAACACGUUCGGAAGUUAUGAAUGUAAAAGCAUGUUGCGUUAUGGCGAGAUGGAGGAUGACCCUUGUUCAAUUGAUGGGGUGGUGUGUGGUAACCAUGGUCUGUGUACUAAUACAUCGACAUGUAUGUGCUAUCGAUUUUAUACCGGUACACAUUGUGAAAUAACACGUAACCCAUGUGUAGAUUCUAACACCACAUGUGCAAAUGGAGGCACGUGUCAUUUUGAGAAUAACACUAUUCUGUGUGAAUGUCCCCCUGGUUUGGAUCCACAGAGUCGUUGUCGUCGUGAUAUUGACGAGUGUAGUGAGGCAAAUAAACCGAAAUUCUGUGUAAAUGGUGCAUGUAAUAAUACACAAGGAAGUUUUGAAUGUACCUGCCAUAAAGGUUUUGAAGGUCAAAGUUGUAAUCAAGAAAUUGAUUUUUGUGCCAUUGCACACACACCGUGUUAUAAUAGUGGUACCUGCUAUACAGUGAAUCAAGGAAUUCAGUGCGCUUGCCUACCUGGUUGGAAUCCGCAUGAUCACUGUAGAUUGGAUAUCGAUGAGUGUUUCCAGUAUUCAAAUAUAUGCGGGAAUGGAAAAUGUAGAAACACCGAUGGAAGUUAUAUUUGUGAAUGUAAUUACGGUUGGCAUGGUCAAAACUGCGAUGUUGUGUUCACGAAUUGCGAAGGAAACCCUUGUCUUCACGGUACAUGCAAUAACAUGAUCGGAGACUAUAGCUGCGUAUGUCAAUAUGGUUGGAAAGGGAAGAACUGCAGUGAAGACAUUGAUGAAUGCCAAGCGGAUUCAAAUCCAUGCAAACAUGGCAAAUGUUCGAACGUAUACGGAGGUUAUAAUUGCUCAUGUGAUUCAGGGUGGAAAGGUCCGAAUUGCACUGCGGAUAUUAACGAAUGUGAAAAUGGCCCAAAUCAUUGCGUGCAUGGAGAAUGUUCUAAUAUUAACGGCAGCUACAUAUGUUUGUGUAAUAGUGCGUGGAAAGGUUUCAACUGCUCAGAAGACGUUGAUGAAUGCCAGAAUAUUUCAGCAUGCAGCGUACAAGGCAUAUGUGCGAAUGAACAAGGAGGUUUUAAUUGUUCAUGCAAUACCGGUUGGGCAGGAACAAUUUGUGAUGAGGAUAUGGACGAAUGUAGUCAUCAUGAUGUGUGUCUCCAUGGUAAUUGCUAUAACACUGCAGGCAGUUACAAAUGCAUGUGUCGACGAGGUUGGAGUGGUAUUAAAUGUGAAAUAGAUGUGAACGAAUGCGAAAGGAAAGAUCUUUGUAAAAAUGGUGGGACAUGCAUGAACAUUGAUGGUGAUUAUAGUUGCUUGUGUCCUUCUGGGUGGUCGGGUAAACAUUGUCAAAAAGAUAUUGAUGAAUGUGAUUCAAAUUCAACAGUUUGUGCACACGGAAGCUGCGCAAAUACAAAUGGAAGUUAUACAUGUGAUUGUGAACCAGGAUGGGAGGGAUUUGAGUGUAACACGGAUUUGAAUGAAUGUAAUCUAUCUUUACGCUGCAAUGGACAUGGUGUGUGUUUAAAUUUGCCCGGAAACUUCACUUGUAGGUGUUACAUUGGUUGGACUGGAAUGGUGUGCAAUACAGAUGUUGAUGAAUGUACAGAAAUUACGCUUUGUAGUGACCAUGGAAAAUGCUCAAACAUGCCCGGUAACUAUUCGUGCGAGUGUUAUAGUGGCUGGGCGGGUAUUGGUUGCGAAACUGAUAUAAAUGAAUGUAAUGUUUCGACGCCCUGCAACAACAAUGGUGAAUGUUCAAAUAUUCCCGGGAACUUUUCAUGCACUUGUUACAGUGGCUGGACAGGAUUUAAGUGUGAUGUAGAUAUUGAUGAAUGUAAUGUUGCAUCACCUUGUAAUGGAAAUGGAAUGUGCAACAAUUCACCAGGGGGCUAUCAAUGUAGUUGUCUUAGUAGCUGGACAGGUGCAAAAUGUGAAUCUGAUAUUGAUGAAUGUAACCAAAAAGUGUGUAUCAAUAACUCAACGUGCACUAACACCAAUGGAAGUUAUAUAUGUGAUUGUUUAAAAGGGUGGAAAGGGAAGAACUGCUCCGAGGAUAUUGACGAAUGUGCCCCUAAUCCAUGCCAGCAUUAUGGGGUAUGUAAUAACACACAGGGCGGAUACGACUGCAUUUGCUGGAACAACUGGACCGGAGUUAACUGCAGCAUUGACGUCGACGAGUGUGAAAGAAAAGACGUGUGUAUCAAUGGAAUCUGCCAAAAUUAUGAUGGUGGAUAUAACUGCACAUGUUUCUCCGGUUGGGAGGGAUCAAAUUGUUCACGUGAUGUUGACGAAUGUACAAGCAUGCCUUGUCUAAAUGGUGGCAAUUGUUCGAACGCAGAUGGUUUCUUGAACUGUUCAUGUCCUCAAGGAUAUAAGGGACGCGUUUGCGAUCGUGACGUCGAUGAAUGCGAAACUGACUUUCAUAUAUGUGAUAAUAACGGUACAUGUAUGAACACAUUUGGAAGCUAUGUAUGUAAUUGUUCGAAAGAAUGGAUAGGUUACAGUUGUGAAAAUGAUGUUAAUGAAUGUUUCACUGAACCUUGCAAAAAUGGUGGUGUUUGCUUCAAUACCAACGGAAGUUUCUACUGUCAGUGUUUUGUUGAAACGGGAUUUGCUGGUAGAUUAUGUGAAAACGAUGUAAACGAGUGUCUGACAUCACCAUGUUUGCAUAAUGCUAUUUGUAAGAACUAUGACGGAGGUUUUAAUUGCUCUUGUCCCUCUGGAUGGACAGGUGAACGUUGCGAUGUAAAUAUUGAUGAAUGCCAACAACCGCAAUGCACUAAUGGCGGAACUUGCAACGAUUGUGAUGGCGGAUUUCUGUGUAACUGUCCACUGGCAUGGAAAGGAGAUAGGUGUGAAUUUGAUGUAAAUGAGUGUGAACAGUCCGUUGUUUGUGAAAACAAUGGUACCUGCCAUAACACUAUUGGUUCAUUUUCAUGUGAAUGUAGCAGGUACUUCGCUGGCAAGACAUGUUCAAACUAUAUUGAUCAAUGCAACACCGUUACUUGUUAUAAUGAUGGAACCUGUGAAGAGUCACAUCUUGAUUUUAAAUGUCUCUGUCAUAAAUGGUGGACAGGGAAAGUGUGUGAAACAGAUAUAGACGAAUGCUUGUCAUCUCCUUGUUCAAAUAAUGGAACAUGCCAGAACUAUAACGGUAAUUUUAGUUGUUCAUGUACUUCGGGUUGGACAGGCAACUUGUGUGAUGUUGAUAUUAAAGAAUGCAAGCAGUGUGCGAACGGUGGAACGUGCGAGUUUGCGGGCGGUGGGUUUCGUUGUCAUUGUCCUUCCGCUUGGACUGGUAAUACAUGUGAUGUCGAUGUUGAUGAAUGUGAACAUAAAAAUAUUUGUGAAAACGGUGCAACAUGUAUAAACUUACCUGGUUCUUUUUCUUGUGUAUGUACACAAUCCUUCACUGGAAGCAGAUGCACCACGUAUGUUGAUCAAUGUAGUUACGUCACAUGUUAUAAUGAUGGAACAUGUAUAGAGACGAUUUCAGGCGCUAAGUGUCAAUGCCACAAAAGUUGGACGGGAAUCAGUUGUGAGAAAGAUGUUGAUGAAUGUCUGCAAAAAGGCACUUGCAACAGUGAUACGUUUUGUGAAAAUACAAAUGGAAGUUAUAAGUGCUUGCCACUUCUUUCAACAACUACAACGCGUUUACCAUUAACAGAAAUUCAGACAACAACUUCCUCCACAACCAGGAAGACUUCUAUGCAAAACGAUACGACAUCCGAAGCAUUUAAUUCCACGUUAGAUCCAUCUCGAACCAAAUCAUCAUCAACUACAACUACACCGGUCAAUUAUAUAACACUAACUACAAAGUCAUUUAAAUCAUCUCUUACACCAACAUUGCCGGAUUCGACCACCGAAAACAAACCUGAUACAUCAGUUAAACAAGAAACGCAGCCACCGUUCUCAAAUUCAUCUUCGAUGGCUGCACAGUCUAAAACAACACAAGCACACUCGCGGUUCACUCUAACACCUACGUUAAGCACACUUUUAAUGAACGCAACAAAGCAAGCCCUCUCACAAUCCUCGGAAUCCCCAAUCGAAACUACAACGAUUUUACAUCCUAACACGACAAAUAUUACAAAUUCGUUGACAUCAAAAGCUUCUCCUGCAGAAGUUUUGACAACAAACGUUGCGAAGUCGUCAAAUCAAUAUUCGUCUUCUACAACAAUAUCCCCCUUAGACUCAUCUAGUAAAGCAUUGCCAGUCACUCAUACUGCUCAUAGGGCACCAACGACUUCAUAUCUUUCUUCAAACACAUUGUCUCCCAAAAGUACGACCCUGAACAUACAGCAAGGUAAAAGUAAUUCUCAAACCGAAAAGAAGAAAGAUUCCAAUGGUUAUGUGCCGAUUAUUGGUGCAGUCGUCGGAGUUGUCUUACUUAUCGUUAUUGUCGUUGUCAGCUACAGAUGUUACAGGUCCCGUCAACUUAAACGCAACGACCAGACGCAAGGUCUUGAUGAUAACAUCCAAAUGGGUGCUAACGUGAAUACAGCCGAGGAGUCCAACCGGAACACUAUAAAGUUUGUUGAAAACCCUGCGUAUGAUACGUUCUCUGACGGAACAAAGGUCUGAAGGACUGCAGGACGAAACUAUUUAGCAGUAUUUAGCAAAUCCUUCAAAGGUUUUGGUUUAUACAAAAUACAUGGCUGUUUCUCUGUUGUUGUAAUUUCAUAGCACACGUCGAUCCGAGUUAGAUAUAAAUUGCUACGUCAUGAGGGCUCGGAACUGAUUUAAAAUAAAUAAUAUAUUGUUCAUCUUGGCGUAUUAUGUAUGAGCGCAUUUAUGAUGCACAAGUAGUGCCUUGACGAUACCAUCAAAAAGGGUGUCUGAUGCUUUUGGCGUUUCAAUCUGAUUUGAUUAUUAACAACAUACACUAAUAAUAAUGAUUAAAACAUCUUUAAAGGCGGGGAAAACACAGUGUAUAUAAAAAAUAAAACAGCGAUAAAUAAAAACAUUAUGUAUUUUUGUGAACGUACUCUAUUGAUAUUCGUCACCAAUACAGGAUGUUACUGUUAAAAAUGAAAAUGUAGUUGAAAGUUAACAAAAUAUAUAUUAACGGUAUAUUAGACAUUAACCCUAACUGCAUCCUCUUGGUUUGUCCUCGGGUCAGGACAAACCCCCCAUAAAGGUCAUGCACAUUACUCGAUGUGCAAGUUUUGUGAAGCUUAUACAAUAUGUUGUUUAGUUAUUGUUCAUAGAAAUACACCCACUUGCAUGUUAUUACUAGAUUUACACCGGCAUUGUUUACUUUUAUAUCUAUAUUAGGCGUUAAGUGUUUUCAUGCAUGUGUAAAUACUGAUUUACACAAAAUCAUGUUUGAAGUAGAUGAUAAUUUUGUAGUGGAGUCUACUUUGUUUUAAAUUACAUAAACGGUAUAAUGUAUUUAAUUCCUUUUCACCUUAAAACCUUUUCUUCGUUCAUUAUAAUACUCAGAAUCUUCUCUCACGAAAUACUGUGUUUUACAAGAUGAAAUACGUUGGAUAAUUAAUUGAUAUCAUACCUGUGUUUUUGUUUUUGUUUUUUUUAAUGCCAACGUUAAUUGCAAUUGUACUAUGCUGAAUGUGUCAUAAACUACUGGGGUAUAUCUUCAA